GCGGAUUAGGUGACGUCAACCUACAUGAGCGGAUUCUUCGUCGCUGCUGCGCAUCAUAACCAGAGUCUGACCGAAAUCAAAGGAGCUUUCAGGCUGUAGUUUUAAUCGUUUACUGUAAGCAGUAGCUGUAAUCACCGUUUUAUUCUUGAGGGAGUAAAAGUAACAGCGUUUCAGUCCGUUCCCAAGUAAUCAAGGACUCUACAGCUUUUAACUGGGAUUGAUUACUUUGACGCAUGACGCCAAACCCAUAUAAAGCAUUCUGAGUCGUUUUACCUGAUUUUUAACAUUACUUGAAUGCUUUAAGGAAGUGUCGAGAAUGGACGAGAAGGUAUUCACGAAAGAAUUGGACCAAUGGAUCGAACAACUGAACGAGUGCAAACAACUAUCGGAAAACCAAGUGAAAAUUUUAUGCGAGAAGGCUAAAGAAAUUUUAUCCAAAGAGUCGAACGUCCAGGAAGUUCGUUGCCCGGUCACAGUAUGUGGAGAUGUACAUGGCCAAUUUCAUGAUCUUAUGGAACUGUUUAAGAUCGGGGGUAAAUCACCAGAUACUAAUUACCUAUUUAUGGGAGACUAUGUGGAUAGAGGUUACUAUUCAGUAGAGACAGUCACACUGCUGGUGUCUUUAAAGGUUCGAUAUCGAGAGAGAAUCACAAUCCUCCGUGGAAAUCACGAAAGCAGACAAAUCACACAAGUUUAUGGCUUUUAUGACGAGUGCCUGAGAAAAUAUGGAAAUGCAAAUGUUUGGAAAUAUUUCACAGAUCUCUUUGACUACCUUCCUCUUACAGCCCUUGUAGACACACAGAUUUUCUGUCUCCAUGGAGGAUUGUCACCUUCAAUUGACACGCUGGAUCACAUUCGUGCAUUGGACCGGAUCCAAGAAGUUCCUCAUGAGGGUCCCAUGUGUGAUUUGCUCUGGUCAGAUCCGGAUGACCGUGGAGGUUGGGGGAUUUCCCCCAGGGGGGCUGGGUACACAUUUGGCCAGGACAUCUCGGAAACAUUUAACCAUGCCAACUGCUUGACUCUGGUCUCAAGAGCUCACCAGUUAGUGAUGGAGGGUUAUAACUGGUGUCAUGAACGUAAUGUGGUAACAAUCUUCAGCGCACCUAAUUAUUGCUACCGAUGUGGUAACCAGGCUGCCAUCAUGGAACUUGAUGACACGCUCAAGUACUCCUUUUUACAGUUUGACCCGGCACCACGUAGAGGAGAGCCUCACGUCACUCGUCGCACUCCAGAUUAUUUUCUGUAAAAUGGGAAGUGUUUUUUUUUUUUUUAAUUACAGUAUUGCAGCACUAUCUGACCAGUGGACAAUGGUUAUUCAUAGAAGACAUGCUCAUCUGUUCAAAAUUUCCAACACUAACCCCUGUCCUUGGACCAAAUCAUGUGCCAUAUGUAAAACUGCAAUAAGAUAACUGCAGUCAUCUCAACAAACACAUGAAAUGUAACACUACUCUUUCAUCUGUACUUUUCUCUCUUCUGUGCUAAAAAAAAAACUUGUGUUUUUAUCAGGAUGUAAGGGUUUCAUCAGACUAAUGGGUUUAUGUGCAUUCUUCUAAAGCGCUGUGUUUUGGAAUAACAUUAUUUGAAUAUACACUCUAAAUGCUUAUGACUGGAUAAUGUACAAGUUGUGAUGAGCUUAAAAUAGUGCUGUUUAUUAUAGCUGCAUUUUCAUGCUGCAUGGCCUCGGGUUCACAAUGAGCUGUCAUCUGGCAAAUGUCCGAUUGCUGUUUUAAAUGAUUGCCUACUGCCAUGUUUGUUGCAGGUGGGUAGGAGACACUUUAGGUUUAGUCUCUUUUCAUUGUCCUUUAAGCACUUUUUCAAUGCAGUAUUUGUAAUUGUACUUAGUUUACAGAGCUGUGGUUUUGUUUGUUUUUGCUUUUGUAUGUUACUGCAUUAUUUCCUAAUAAUUUGUAAAUCAGAGCACAAAUUAAAUAGGGAUUUGAACAGCAAUAAAGACUCAUGCUAUUUA